GAAGGGUUAAGGAGCACACAAGAAAGGAGAAAAUCUCAGUAGAAUUCACCUUGGGACGCUUCAUAUAAGGCAUCGACAGAGAUCAGUUGUUUCAGAAACAGUAUUUGAGUUUGAGGACGGACAGAAACCAGAGAAGACACGAAGAUCCUGACAGGUAUAGAGAAAUGAGGAGAUCUGAGAAGGUAACAGAGAAUUCUCAAGCAAAGAUUGACAGAGGUUGCAACAAAGAAAAGCUUGAAGAAAAAGACGAUUAUGAAAAAUCAAGGUCUCACAAGGAGACAGGUGGCAGAAAUAAGCACAAAUUUAGUGAAAAAAGGGCUUCCGGAAACCAGAGGAAUUUGGUCAAUUUAAGACACACAAUCUACUCAACAAUCAUGUCAAGUGUUGAUUUUGAGGAAGCUGGUCAUAAGCUACUAAGGAUCAAGCUUGAAUCAGGUCAAGAGGUGGAGUUAUGCAUCAUGCUAUUAGAAUGUUGCAGUCAAGAGAGAACAUACCGCCGUUAUUAUGGUCUUCUAGGGAAAAGAUUCUACAUGAUCAACAAAGUAUACCAGGAAUUUUUCGAAAAGUGUUUUGUGCAACAGUACUCUAUGGUACACAGGUUGGAAACAAAUAAACUUCGUAAUGCUGCAAAUUUUUUUGCUCACUUACUGGCCACAGAUGCUCUUCCAUGGCAUUGUCUUGCUUAUAAACGUCUGACAGAGGAGGAUACUACUUCCUCUUUCCGUAUUUUUAUAAAGAUUCUCUUCCAGGAGCUGGCAGAGCAACUUGGUAUAUUUUUGCUUAAUAAAAGGUUGAACGAUCCAACGAUGCAAGAGUAUUUUGAUUCAAUUUUCCCAAAGGACAAUCCCAAAAAUUCAUGGUUUGCUAUCAAUUUCUUUACUUCCAUUGGUCUUGGUGAUAUUGGUGAUAUCACUGAGAGUUUGAGUGAGUAUUUGAAGAAUAUGCCAAGGCUUAUAAUGCAGCAGCAAAAGUCUAUCCCUGAGUUUGAUGAAUCGUCUUGGGAGCGGAGCUCCGGUGGUGCACCGGUGGCGGCCGAGUGGCAGGGUGGCGGCGUGGUGGCCGACCGAAAAAUAGGGCCGGACAACGGAGGGGCUAGGCAUCUGAGCGGUGGGGGCCAGGGUGAAGGCCGCAAGUGGCGGGCGAUCCAGGCUGGUGGGGGCAGGCAAUCCCAGGCGAAGCAGCUGGCGGUGCAGGUGGGCAGCGGCCGACGGGGAGCAUGCAGCGGCCAGCGGGGGCGGAUAGCAGCGACGGCCGGCGGGAGAAACAAAGGCGGUGGUCGGCGAGCUUGCAGCGGACCUGACAAUGCCCAAUACAACCACUAG